CCUCCAAACCCUCGAUCAGCUCGUAGGAUACAAUGGGCGCAUCGGAGAAGAAUGCGACGGCGCGUGUUUCAACGCUACCUCUUCUUCUUGAUCUUCUUCCCCAAGACAUUCUCUUCGAGAUCCUCUCCAAGCUCCGUGCUAAAUCGCUAGUACGAUUCAGAAAUUUUGAAUUGCUACAAGUUGAUGGAGGUCGAGUGGCUAUUGUUCUUGUUCGCCAAAUAGACCGCCAAUUCUACAUGGAUGUUUGGACUUGGGAGAAAUCUAAAGAAUGUUGGGAGAAGACUAUUAUGACCAUUCCAUUAGAAGAGAGUAGAAUAAUCUACGGAGUUACAGGAGUUACAUACCACCUGCGCUAUACUACGAAUCCUGUUGGGGAGAUUGUGUUGUUAUGUAUGAAUAGUAAACGAUUUACCAUUUUGGUUUGUAACUUGAAAAAUGAGGUUUGGAGACAAUUUAAUGUGGGUGGAGUUGAGGAAUUUCCAAAUCUUUGUCUCACCGAUGUUAGAAUAUACAGGACUAUGGACAGUGUGUUUUCUUUGGAGCAGGAGAACUUUGGGGUUUGA